AUGGCCUCCAGCACCGUACCACUGCUGGCGCUCGCCGUCCUCUCCCUCUCCUUCCUGCACCUCUCUCUCCCCGCCUCGUCGCACCCGCUCCCGCUGCAAGCGGCUGCGGCAGGCGAGGCGUCCGAGCCCGACGAUGCCGCCGCCGCAGCGCUGGCGUUGGCGCGGCGCGCGUGCACGUACACGGUGCAGAUCAAGACGAGCUGCUCGUCCCCGCGGAGCUCCACGGACGCGGUGAGCCUCGCGUUCGGGGACGCGUACCGCAACGAGGUGUACGCGGCGCGGUUGACGCCGCGGUACGGCUUCGAGCGCUGCGCCACGGACACGUUCCGGGUGUCCGGCCCCUGCGGCUACGGCGUCUGCUACCUCUACCUCCGCCGGUCGGGCCGCGCCGGGUGGACGCCCGACUGGGUCAGGGUGUACGAGCCCACCACGUCCGGCACGCCCUCCACCUUCUACUACGGCGACCCGCUCCCCGACGGCGUCUGGUACGGCUUCGACCGCUGCGUCGCCGCCGGCGCCUCCUCCGAACCUGGUGCCGCGGCGCAGGCGCUGUGA